AUGAAUUUCCAGGAACUUAUGUUACAAGAUCCUAAUUCCAGGGCAGUAAUACACGCCAUCGAAUCAAUGGUUAUUAGGCAGUCACAUCAGAUUCAUUACACUGUGAAUAUGGAUUCUGCCAAACCUCUUCUGCACGGCCUUCAUCCAAACCCCCAAACUGAGCUGAACUUCUGGAAAGCAAGAAAAGACAAGAUUUUAUAUAUAAAUAAGCAACUUCAGAGUCCUGUUGUUCAAAAAAUUAUUAAGAUCUUAAAAGCCAAAGAAAGCAGCUAUUAACUUGCUUCUCAGGACAUUUUCAAGGCAGUAGAAGAUGCACUUGUAGAAGCCCAAGAUACUGAUCUGUAUCUGAGACCACUGGAAAAAUACAUUCAGCUUUUUUGGGAGAUGGGAUUCCCAAAGAUCUGUAAUUUAAUCUCACCUUUAUUUCACACCAUCUGCCUGAUAUGGAGCUACUCUGAGUUCUACAGCAUGCCUGCAUGAAUAGUAGUUCUGCUGCAGGAAUUUCGCAAUCUCCUUAUUGACCAGUCUAGGCUGUAUCUUUCACCAGAAAAUCUUUUCAAAAGAGAAACUGAAGAAGCAUUGGAGCACGUGAAAAUAGCUAAAGCCGCCUUAAAAAGCUUUAAGGAUUCAUUCUUUAGUCACAGAAACAGAUUGGAGAGUUACUUAGCCUGUGGUAAGGAAUUUAAACCAUGGGAUUUCAGAUCUGAGAUGUUAUUUUCCAGAGUUGGUACGUUCCUCAACCGCUUACUGAAGAUUGAAGAAAUUUUCAUUAAGAUAUUGGAAUUUCAAAAGCUGGAGUUUGGUGGAAUCAAGGGGAAAAUUUUAAGUGAGCGGGUCUGCAGAAUGAAUGAAGAGUUUCUGGAAAGCUGUGAAGUUUUCAGAAAAAGAACAUACGAUCCUUCAGAUUACGGUAACAUGGAGUUUGAAGAUGAUUAUACUGAAUUUAAAGCCAAAACCGUGGAUCUUGACAGACAUCUUGCCUCACUUCUUUGUGUAGGAUUUUAUGACUGUUCAGGUUUAGAAUCCAUGUUCAAGGGAAAUUUAAAGCUCUUCAAAGCAGAUUCCCCCUCAGCCUCUUGGAAGAUUUAUAUAGAGUACAUUGAUGACAUUGUGGUUGAAGUUUUGCAUAACGCCAUAAUGCAUUCUUUAGACGACUUUUUGGAGAACACAGAAGAAAGUUUGAAGGCAGCUCCACUUAUUCAGGCACAAAUGAUCCUUAAUGGCACAGAGAUUCAAUUUAAAUCUUCUCUAGAGGAAGAGGGUGGUGACGGUUUUUAUGACCUAGUAGGUGAAGUCCUGGGUGAUGUUUUCCAAGUGCCUGCCCAGGUGAAAAGGAUAGCAGCACACCUGGGAUCAGAACAUUACCAGAAUGAUAUGGACAACACGUCUGGUCUGUCUGAAAUCAGGCAGGAGAUUAUGGAGAGAGUGGCAAACGUUACCAACAAAGCCCUGGAGUGCAGAAGAUCUCUUGCUAGCUAUGCUUCUCUCUGGCUGGAGACCCGGUCUGGGUCUGUAAAGCAAUUCCUUCUCCCUGGUCAUGCAUCCACGAAGACGCCUCUUACUGACAAAGUCUCUCAGCAGCCUCCCACUAUUAAACUGUUUAAAGAGCAGAUUGACGUCUAUGAAAACCUUCCUGUUCAGAUAAGCAGCCUCAAAGGCUUGAAAUUUUUUGAAAGUUGUUUUAAAGUGGGUACGAAGCUUUUCACAAUAAGCUUGCUAAACAUUAUUAAGAAAUGGAGCUGGAUGUUUAAGGAGUAUCUCCUGAGAUUUGUCAUUGUUAGUCUAACUGACUUAGAAGAAUUUAUAAAAGUGGCAGAUGCUGGACUCCAAAGAGAGGUGACUGAAGGAGAUUAAUGUCUGCUGGCAGAAAUCAUGGGCUGUUUCUUGGCUGUGAAGGAGAGGCAGACAACUGCUGGUGAAAUCUUUGAACCUUUAAAAGAGAUGGUUGCACUGUGAGAAAGUUAUGGACAGAAGAUGCCAGACAAAGUUUACGCCCAGUUAGAGAAAUUGUUUGAAAAAUGGAAUGCCGUUAAGAGAGCAGUUUCAGUAAAGCACAAAGUAAGUCUUCUUCAGGCCUCUGAGGGUACAGUUAUCUGAAGAAAAUGCACUUUACUUGAUGAGAAGCAGAUGGAAUUCAGAGAAAGAUUUAAAAUGGAAGCUCCCUUUCAGUUUGAUGCAGAAAAUGCAUAUGCUCGUCUCAAUAAGGCAAAUAAAGAAUUUGAGAUGCUGGAGAAAGAAAUGUUACUAAUGCUGGAGUCUGCAGAGCUAUUUGAAGUAGCUAUUCCAGACAACAAACAAAUGAAAUAAUGUUGAAAAGAGGUGUGGUUGCUCAAGACAGUUUGGAAUAUUAGUGUUUAUAUUAAUAGCAGCAUUGAUGAUUGGGCUAAAACCCAGUGGAGACAGAUUAAUGUGGAACAGAUGGAUGUGGAGCUCAGAAGGUUUGCCAAGGAAGUGCAGUCUUUGGAUAAAGAGGUUUGUUCCUGGGAUGUAUAUAAGGACUUGGAGUUAAAGGUGAAGAAUCUGAUGUCAUCGCUGAGGGCAAUAUUGGAGUCGCGAAAUCCUGCAAUCAGAGAGGGACACUGGUGCCAGGUCAUGCGUGCGACAGGAGUCAGGCUUUCAGUAGCAGAAGGUACUACCUUGACAGAUCUUCUGGGACUCCAGCUUCAUAAAGUAGCAGAUGAAGUCCAAAGUAUAGGUGACAACACUGUGAUAGAUUUGGGUACUGAAAAGGAGAGAAGUAUUUUGGCAGAAAUCAACCAAACGUGGGCUGCCAUGCAAUUUUCUUAUGAAGAGCAUCACAGGAAUGAAUCUCCUUUAUUAAAGUCAAAUGAACAGCUGCUUGAAACUUUAGGUAACAAUCAAGUUCAGCUGCAAAUGAUUCUGAAAAGUAAAUAUGUGGCAUAGUUCAUCGAACAAGUGGCAGGUUGGCAAAAUAAAUUAAACAUGGCAGAUUCUGUCAUUUCCAUUUGGAUGGAAGUUCAACACACAUGGUCCCAUCUAGAAAAUAUUUUCACUGGCUCUGAAGGUAUCAGAAGCCAACUGUCUGAAGAUACAAACAGAUUUGAUUAAAUCAACCAAGACUUCAAAGUCAGUAAAGAGUUGGUGACUGACAUAGCAAAUACCAAAAAUGUGAUGGAAGCUACAACCAAGCCAAAGACAGUUUCUCUUUGUGAAAAAGCUCUGGCUGAAUAUUUAGAAACCAAGCACAUAUCUUUUCCUCGCUUCUGUUUCGUUUCUUCAGCAGACUUGCUAGACAUCAUUUCAAAAGGAAUAUAGCCAAAACAGGUGGCCCAUCACCUGACCAAGCUUCUUGACGACAUUGUUGAUCUUAAAUUUCAAGAGAACAUAGAGGAAUCUGUAGAUAUUGCCCUUGGGAUGUGCAGAGAAAAGGAGUAUGUUCUGUUCUAUGACGGGUGUGGAUGCAGUGGUCAGGUAGAGUUUUGGUUGCAACACCCUGAGGGAACUGUACACAAACCAGUGUGCCUCUGCAUCAUGGAGGUGAUACUGGCCAAUGAAGAGAAGCAGAGAGGACAGUGGCGUUUUGACUACCCAGCCCAGGUUGCGCUUACUGGUUCACAAAUCUGGUGGGUUUUGGAUGUAGAAAUGACAUUUGGUAGGCUGGAAGAGGGCUUGACGUCAGCCCAGAAGGAUUGCCACAAGAAGCAGGUCACUCAGCUAAAUGCUCUUAUUAUCGUGCUGCUCGGAGAACUUUCCUUAGGUGGUCGACAGAAAAUCAUGACCAUUUGCACUAUAGAUGCUUGCAGUGGAGAUGUUGUAGCAAGCCUUGUAGCUCAGAAGGUCACCAGUUCCCAAGCUUCGGUUUGGCUGUCACAGCUAGGCCACAAAUGGCAUGAUGCCCAGAAACAGUGUUUUGCCAACAUUCGUGAUGCUCAGUUUCAGUACUUCUAUGAGUACUUGGGAAAUACCCCUCAGCUAGUUAUUACCCCUUUGACUGACAGAUGCUCCUUGCAAUGCUAACAAUCACUUUUCUUAUGUUCAGCUGUUACAUUAACCCACCUACCAAUGAGCGGUGCUCCUGGGGGACCAGCUGGCACAGGUAAAACCGAGACCACCAAACAUCUAGGCUGUGCCCUUGGUAUGAUGGUGUACGUCUUCAAUUUUUCUGAGCAGAUAGAUCACAAGUCUGUAGGGCUUAUCUAUAAGGGUUUGGUCCAGACGGGAGCUGAGAGGUGCUUUGAUGAAUUCAAUUGCAUCUCGGUAGGAGUUCUGUCAGUGGUGGCGGUACAAGUAAAGACUAUCCGCAAUGCCAUUAGGAACAAGAAGCGAUAUUACCUUUGUUAUAACAAAUUUUUAUUCCUCGAUGAAAACAUCACAUUGAAGUCAUCAGCUGCAAUAUUUAUUACCAGGAACCCAGAAUAUGCAGGUGGGACAGAACUACCUGAAAAUCUCAAUGCUUUGUUCUGACCCUGUGCCACAGUUGUCCCUGAUAUUGAACUGAUCUGUGAAAUUAUGUUGGUUGCUGAAGGGUUUAUUGAUGCACGCCUGCUAGCCGGGAAGUUUAUUGCCUUGUAUACUCUCUGCUUUCUAAACAGAGGGAAAGAGGACAAUUAUGACUGGAAACUUCAUGCUAUCAAGUCAGUUUUGGUAGUUACUGGCUCACAGAAACAAGGAGACAAGAACAGACCUGAGGAUCAGGUGCUCAUGUGAGCCUUAAGAGACUUCAAUUUGCCUGAAAUAGUGACAGAUGAUAUCCCAAUUUUCACGGGCCUGAUCAGUGACCUGUUUCUAGCUCUGGAUGUUCUGAGGAAGUGGAACCUGCAUUUUGAACGGAUGGUUAAACAGUCUACCCUGGAGCUUCUCUCACAGUCUGAAGAGAGCUUUAUUCUCAAAGUGCUGAAAAUUCUGCAUCACACAUAUGUGAACAUGAAACAAAAGCCUUUUUGGAAUGACCCUAACCCAAAAGCUGUGACAGCUAAUGAACUGUUUGGUUUUAUACACCAUGCAACCCAGGAAUGGAAAGAUGGCAAGUAGCGCAUAUGUUCUUCUUACUAGGGUCUCCUGUCAUCUCUUCUGAGAGAGCAAGCUAAUAUUACCUAUGAGGGGCCAAAAUGGUUAGUUUUAGAUGGAGAUAUAGAUCCUAUGUGGAUUGAGUUGCUCAACACUGUUAUGGAUGAUAACAAAGUUCUGACCCUUACAAGCAAUGAACAUGCACCUGUGGCUCCAUCAAUGUGGCUGCUAUUUGAGGUACACCAUCUAAGAGCUGCUACUCCAGAUACAGUAUCCAGAGCUGGUAUUCUCUAUCCGAACAUCCAGGACCUGGGGUGGGAUCGGUAUGUUGCCAGUUGGAUAGAAACAAGGAGAUAGCAAUCGAAAAACUGGACUGUUAUCUUUGAUAAAUAUGUGCCUCUCUUAGAAGAACUCAGAGCAAGAUUUAAAACUGUUACUCCUAUUCCUGAUAAUAGUACGGUUCACACACUCUGGUCUCUGCUAGAUUGUUUGCUGACCCCUGAAAAUGUGCCAAUGGAUUGCCCCAGAGAGGUCUAUGAGAUGUGUUUUGUCUUUGCUUCUAUUUGGGUGUUUGGUGGAGCACUCUCUCAAGAUCAGGUAAUUUACCAAGCUGAAUUCAGCUGCUGUUGGCUUAAGAAGAUGAAGUUUCCAUCCCAGGGCACACUGUUUGAUUAUUACCUUGACCCAGAGAUGAGGAGGUUCCUGCCCUGGGUGGAUAAGGUCCCAAGUCAUGAUGUGGAUCCAGAUGCACCUCUGCAGGCAAUCUUUGUUCACACAUCCAAGACUGUACGUCUCAAAUAUUUUAUUGAUUUACUCUUAACAAAAGGCAAACUAGUCAUGCCUGUUGGAAAUGCCAGAGUAGAAAAAACAAUGUUUGGAGGUGAAGUCUCUGAAGACUACCUUCUGGCUAACAUCCCUGUCAACUACCAUACAACAUCAGCAGUGUUUCAGACAACCAUGACCAAGGCACUAGAGCAGAAAGCUGGUCAUAACAAUGGUCUAGUAGGAAACAAGAAACUUAUCUAUUUUAUUGAUUAUUUGAAUAUGCCAGAAGUGGAUAGACAAGGAACAGUUCAACCUUAUGCACUGAUUUGACAGCAUAUAGAUUAUGGGCACAGGUGGUAUGGUAGGCAGAAGCUAACUAUUAAAGAAAUUCAUAACUGUCAGUAUAUUGCCUGUAUGAAUCCAACUGCUGGCAGCUUCACUAUCAACCCUAGGCUCCAGAAUGUGGAAGACCAAGUGUUGCUGCAACCUCGGCUCAUCUAUAGCCAUUUUGCAAACGGCAGAGCAGACCCUUGCUACGAGCCAGCGAAAGGGUGGGAACCACUAAGGAAUAUACUUGAAGAGUUCCUAGAAAGCUACAAUGAAACGCUUGCUUCUACGAACACAGUCGUAUUUGAGGGUGCCAUGCAGCACACGUGCCGGAUCAGUUGUAUCCUAGAAGCCUCUAGGGGUUAUGCACUUCUGACUGGGGUAGGUGGUAGUGGUAAACAAAGCUUGUCGAGGCUGGCAGCAUACAUCUGCUCCCUGGAGGUUUUCCAAAUCAUGCUAAAGAAAGACUAUGGGAUCCAGGACCUGAGGGUAGAUCUUGCCAGUUUGUACAUCGAGACUGGUGCCAAGAACAUGCUCGCAGUGUUUUUGCUGACAGAUGUCCAGGUUCCAGAUGAAUGCUUUCUUGUGCUGAUUAAUGACUUGUUGGCAUCAGGGGAGGUUCCAGAUCUGUUCAGUGAUGAAGACAUGGAGGGCAUAGUUACAGAAGUUAGAAAAGAAGUCUGAGCCCUGGGCCUGAUGGACACCAGAGAAAGCUGCUGGAGGUUCUUCUUGAAUAGAGUGUGGCUGCAGCUAAAGAUCGUUCUGUGUUUCCAUCCUGCCGGUGCCACGCUGCGAGCGCGAGCUCGGAAGUUCCCAUCCAUAGUUAACUGCACCGCUAUUGACUGGUUUCAUGAGCGGCCGCAGGAGGCCCUGCGCUCCGUCAGCAGGAGGCUCAUUGAGGAAGCCAAGGGCGUCGAGGUACAGAGUUUCAAGCUCGUCAGUCUUCUAAGAAAGCAACGGAGAUCAUUGAAAGAUCAAAUUCGAUUCUAUGAGUCUAUGAAAUGCAAUCGUAAUGAAAGGUGAUACAAUUACACCACUCCAAAGAGUUUUCUGGAGCAAAUCAUGCCUUAUAAGAUCCUUCUAGAGAGAAAAAGCAAGGACGUGUCAGGACACAUGGAGGACUUGGUGAAUGGCAUGCAGAAGCGGAAGGCAGCAGCUUUCCAGGUAGAAGAUCUAAAAUCCCAACUGGCUUCUCAAGAGGCAGAACUGCAACUGAGAAAUCAAGAUGCCAAAGCUUUGAUUGUUCAGAUAGGGUUUCAGACUGAGAAAGUGAACCAAGAAAAGGCCAUUGCAGAUGCAGAGGAGCAAAAGGUCAGUCUAAUUCCCCCACUUAUAUAUCUGAGACAGAAAAAAUGUGAGGAUGACCUGCUGAAUGUGAGGGAACCUGCUCUUGCUGCUACAGCAGCCUUAGACAUGCUUAAUAAUGUUAAUCUUACAGAACCAAAAGCCUUCACAAACCCACUAAUGGCUGUAACCAGUGUUAUUGCUGCAGUGAUGGUUUUACUGGCAUAUAAAGAGAAAGUGACCGAAGACCGAAGCUGGAAAGCUGCAGAAGUCUUUAUGGGAAAAGUUGAUGACUUCUUACAAGCUUUAAUCAACUCUGAUCCUUGUCUGAAAGUCAUCAAGGAACAUUACUUGAAGGAUCCAGAUUUCAACUCAGAUUAUGUUCAUACAAAAUUCUUUGCAGCAGCUGGUCUCUGUGCCUGGGUCAUCAAUACAGUAAAAUUCAAUGAGGUGUACUGUGAGGUAGAGCCAAAAGGUGCUGAAUUAGCAGCAGCUACAGAAAAACUAGAAGCCAUCAGGAAAAAGCUUCUUGUUCUGGAUAACAAUCUGAGUAAGCUCACAGCUUCACUCUAGAAAGCAGUUGCAGAGAAAGUCUGGUGUCAAGAUGAUGUAAACUGAACAAACAAAACUAUUGAGCUAAUAAAAUUUUCUAAUUUUGCUUUGCAGUCUGAAAACAUGCGUUGGAGCCAGUCUGUUGAAAACCUCAAAGCACAAAAGAAAACUUCAUGCAGUGACAUCUUAUUAACGGCAGCAUUUGUGUUUGGAUCCUUCACAAAAUGGUAUCACCGGGAACAUUUCUGGAUUCCUUUUCUAAAGUUCCUGUUCCUUGUGACGGAGGGCUUGGACCCGAUUGCCAUGUUGACGGAUGAUGCUGCGAUUGCGGCACGGAGUAACGAGGGACUGCCCGGUGAUAGGAUGUCAACAGAAAAUGCCACUGUUCUCACAAACUGCGUGCGCUGGCCUCUGAUGAUAGAUCCCCAGCAACAGGGAAUUAAAUGGAUAAAGAAUAAAUAUGGAGCUGACCUUAAAGUCAUACGUCUAGGACAGAAAGGGUAUGUGCAUGCUGAAGAAUUGGCUUUCAGCUUUGGCUUGUGGAGAGACAUGCUAACUGAAAACGUGGGUGAAUCUAUUGAUCCCAUAUGUGAUCCCCUGCUUGGAAGACUUACAGUUAAAAAAGGAAAAUAUAUCAAGAUUGAAGACAAGGAAUGUGAGUUCAAUAAGAAUUAUCUCAUCCUUCACACUAAACUGGCUAGCCCUCACUACAGGCCAGAACUGCAGGCUCAGACCACCCUCAUUAAUUUCACUGUCACCAGGGAUGGGCUGGAAGACCAGCUGUUUGCUUUGGUUGGCAGUGCUGAAAGGCCAGACUUAGAAAAAUGUAAGUCAAUCCUGGCCAAGCAGCAGAACAAUUUCAAGAUUCAGCUCCGGCAGCUGGAGGAUGACAAGCUGCUCAGCCUGCCAGCUGCCCAGGGUAGUUUCUUAGACAACAGUGAACUUGUAGAGAAACUUGAAUCAACAAAGUCAACUGCAGCAGAAAUACAACGCAAGAUAACUGAUGCCAAAGAAAAUGAAGCUAAGAUUAACAUGACAAGAGAGCAUUACAGUCCAACAGCCAUAAGAGCGUCCAUUCUUUAUUUCAUUAGCAAUAGUCUGGGCAACAUCAACCCCAUCUACCAGUUUUCACCGAAGGUAAAAAUUUAUCUUACUGUCUUCCACAAAGCAAUUAAGCAGGCUGAAAAAUCAGGGGAUAUUCAGUGUCGUAUCUCUAACCUGACAGAAGCUGUCGCAUAUUCAACCUUUAUUUUCAUGAGCCAAGGACUUUUUGAAAAGGAUAAGCUCAUUUUCUUGGCCCAAACAGCUUUUUAGAUUCUCCUAAGAAGUACAGAGAUAAAACUCCUUGAAUUGGAUUUCCUCCUUCGAUUCAGAGUUGAACACACUUACAAGACUCCUGUUGACUUCUUAACUACUCAGUCAUGGAGUGCCAUUAGGGCUAUGGCAGUGAUGGAUGUGUUCAGGGGAUUCGAUAAAGAUAUUGAAAGAUCCAUCAAGAGGUGGAAGAAGUGGGUGGACCCAGAAUGUCCAGAAAAAUAAAAUCUCCCCCAGGAAUGGACAAACAAAAGCUCUCUUUAGAAACUAAUCACACUGAGGGUGCUCUGUCCGGACAGAAUGACAUACGCUUUUAGGAACUUUGUGAAGGAAAACCGUGGCUCGAGAUAUAUGGAAAUCACAAGGAUGGACUUAGCAAAAUCAUAUGAAGAGAGCAGUCCGGCUGCUCCUGUGGUUUUUAUUCUGUCUCCAAGAGCAGACCCCCUUGAAGAUAUUGAGACAGGCAAAAAGCUUGGGUUCACUAUAGACUCUGGAAGAUUUCAUAACAUCUCUUUAGGACAAGGGCAGGAGAUGGUUGCAAAGGAGGCACUGGAGAAGGCUGCCAGACACGGCCAUUGGGUUCUUCUCCAAUCUGAAAAUAACCCUGCUUUUCUGCUCGUGAGUAUAAAAAAGCUGUUGUGAAGGAAAGAACAGGGUUGUCAUCCUGAUUUCUGUGUCUUUAUUAUUGCUAAACCAGCUCCAACCCCAGAAGAGCGCAUAAUUCCUCAAGGAAUUCUAGAAAACUCGAUUAAAAUUACCAGUGAACCUCCUACAGGGAUGUCGGAUAAUUUGCAUGCUGCACUCUACAGUUUUGACGAGGUUCCAUGGGAAGACCUGCAUUACCUCUUUGGUGAGAUCAUGUACGGUGGCCACAUCAUUGACGCCUGGGACCCGAGGCUUUGCUGCGUAUAUCUGCAAGAAUUCAUCGGCCUGCCUCUUGAAGGGGAACUGACGCUGGCACCACCAGGUUUCUUGGCCCCGUCAAAUCUGGAUUAUGCUGAUUACCAUAAAUACAUAGACAAAGUGCUUCCAUCUGAAAGCCCUGCACUAUAUGGACAGCACGCCAAUGCUGAGAUGGGAUACCUGACAGCAACAUCAGUUAAUCUCUUCAAAACUCUUUUGGAAAUGCGCCAUUCAUUCAUAGGAGAAGGAUCAGGCCAGUCUGCAGAGGAAAAGGUAAAGAAUGUUCUGGAUGAUAUUCUGGGCAUGCUUGCCAAGGAAUUUAACGUGGCAGAAAUCAUGCGGAAGACUAUUGCCUGGAGCCGUUAUGCCCUUGUUUGCCUUCCAGAGUGUGAGAGGAUGAACCUCCUCCUUUCAGAGAUUGUCGGUCUCAAACAGCUGGACGUCAGUCUGAAGAGUUACUGAUCUUCUCAUGCGAUAUGGAGAACUUGAGAUCUGGACACAGGACCUUGUGCUGCCAGCAGUGGUGUGCCUUUCUGGCUUGUUCAGUCCUCAGUCCUUUCUGACAGCUGUAAUGCAGAGCAUGGCACGCAAGAACAACUGGCCUUUGGAUAAGGUGUGCUUGACUGUAGAUGUGACCAGAAAGAUCAACGAAGAUUACGGCCACCCACCAAGGCUAUAUCUGUGGGCUUGUCAUCAAAGGUAAGAAAUAAACUUAAAUUGCUUGAUUUCGAUAACCUAGUUCAGGGACCCUAGCUUCCUUCAUUAGGUAGAUAAGUUCCAUCAGGAGUUCGAGUAAACUCUUGUGAUCCUAUGAAAAGCACCAAGGAAGUUUAGGAAUGGUGGUGGAUUGUUGGUGUUGAUCCACAUUGACUUUAAAUUUCAUACCAGCUUGAUGUCCUAAUCACUGACUACA